AUGGUACCAAUGGAAACGACAACAGACAGCGCAGACUUCCUGGCGACGCGGCCACACACAGCUGCGGUCAUCCCGGGCAAGCCUGCGGGAAACCCGCUGCAGUUCGUGCGGGUAGGACCUGCUGACCUUGGCAGCAGGGCCAGGGAACAACUUCGAAGAGCUGAGCUCGCGAAGAGAACAGAUCCUGCUCGCAUUGAAAGGCAGGAGGACUGGCAGUCGAACCUGGACAAUUGGAAGUCGUCGCGGCGGAAGCGGGUGGAGCAUAUAAUAGAGCGGUGCGUGGAGGUGCGGCGCAUGGAGCACGAGCCCAGCCAGCCCCGCGCCAAGUCCAAGACCUUCAACGAAAUGCUGGAGGAACGCGCUGGCCGCAGAAGGCGGAACCCAUUGGCGUUAUACACAGAAGAUGAUGGUCACGACCUGAGUGACCUUGGCAUUGGCACCUCCAGCACCAAGAGCAGUCUCAGCGAGGAUUGCGACACACAUAGCCUUGCUAGUGACGGUAUCGACCUGGAUAAAAAUCAUUCAGAUGUCGACAAUCUGUCGAACUGCGACACAAACCGCAAGCUUGGCUCCAGCGCCAACGAAUACGACACCUGCACGACUACCACCAUCAGCUCCCCAGAACCCGAGGAGUACACAUACGAGGGAGCUAUCGAAGGCUACAAGUCUAGAAUCAUCUCACAAACUAACAGCACUAUCGUCAAAACAGUUGUAAAUAACAACUUCAAAGAAAAAUCACCAGAGAAAAAUGGUGACCUUAACAGAAUCAGGACGAAUGUCAGCAACAAAAUCGAAGAAAAACUGUCCUCCUUCCAGCAAGAGAGAGCCAACGACGCAAAGAACAACAACCAGAAGAAAGAUUUACCCAAAGUAGACAUACACAAAAGGAGGGAACAGUUCGAGAGAGAGAACUCUCAAGAGCCACAAGCAAAUAAACCCAAGUUGCCCGAUAUUGCGAACAAAAAAUCUAUCAAAGAAAGACUGUCUAGUUUAGAAAAGUUCACAGAGGACUCGCACAUUCAAAAGUCUACAAGUGACCUAACCAAGUUACCUACAGAAGUAAAACCACUGAAAGAACGACUGUCUUCGCUUGAAAAAGUUAAGUCUACUGAACCAGAAAAAGUAAAGAGGUUGUCGAACGGAGAUCUCAGCAAUACGCGAUCCUUGAAGGAGCGCCUUUCCAGUCUGAAGUCACAGACCUCUGAAGAGGAAACGAAGGCCACAAAAACUGAAGUUAAGGAAGUAUCCAUGAGCCUGAAAGAGCGGUUGUCUUGUCUUGAUGCGGCCAAAAAUAAGGAGAUUCCAAAAAUAUCUGUCGAAGAAGAAUUGGCACACAAUAAAGAUAUGGAAAUCAAAGUGGAGGAACCAAAAGAAACAUUGAUGGAGAGCUCCCUUAAAUCGAGCCUGUCUGGCAUCGAAAGUCAAAUGCAAAGCUUCUGUCGCUCUCUGGACAGUUUGGACAUUAAUGGACAAACUUCUCCGAAUUCAUUUGAUAGAGUACAAAGCUUGGAAGACUUCGAUUGCGCUGAAAUGCAAAACAACACAGUUCCAAGCGACAUCGAGACGGAAGACAGUGGCAUCCACACCGCUAGGGAUUCCUGCGCCCCUGCAGAUGAUAUAGCUGACCUCACACAAGUGGCGUCACCUGUUGGAGAGCCUAUGAUUGAGGCAUCAGAGUAUGAGUCCUCGAAUGAAGACGGAACAGCCAUGGACGCAAAGAUCGAAGAAAUGGACAAGAUGCCAGAGCCUAUUCAGCUAAUGCAAGACAUCAUAGUCGAAGAAACUGAAGAGCAAGACGCCAAAACGGAUGACGACAGCGCCAGCAACUACCUGCAGGCUGUGUCUCAGCCCGAGGAGCUGAGUGUGACUGAGGUCACUGAGAUACAACUUGACAAAGACGACGAAGACACACUUAAAAGUUUGGAAAACCAGGACACCAGUGUAAGUUUGAAUGAGCCUGUCUCCACCGGGUCGGAAAGCGACACAGUGGUUUUCGAGGGGAAAAUGACAAUACAUCUUAAUCUGAAUGAAAUAUGCAACAAUAUGAGCGGCGGUGCCGGGACUACUAACAAUGUUAGCUCUACUAACAGCAUGCCAAUGGUAACUGUCUCUAAUAUCACAACUAUUACUAACAUUUCACCUAAGAACUCAGUUAAAGCGCUAAAAAGUAACGAUAUACCCGAUUUAUCUUACACAUCAGAGUGUUCACUUGUCAAACUAGAUAAUUCACCUAAUCAUAAUACUGUAAGCAUUAAAGAUAUACAUGAACCCCGUGACGUUGCAGCUGCCCGAGGCGAAGUAUCGGUCAUUGAUGCUUUAGAGCUGGCGUUCAAAGAACUUGAUUCAGAAGACAGCGCUGCUUUGGACGACACUACAGAACUGCAAAAGACGGACGACUUCAUAGAUAAGAAGAUAGAUGUGACGCCACUGUACGAGAAUAUGGAUAUCUUCUAUCAGAAUUCUUCGGAGUUCUCUCCAGAGAGUGCGUUCCCUCUGGACAUGCCAACCAAUGUGCUGGAGCCUCCGAAGGAGAAGCCUCCUCCACCACCUACUGAGGAUGGACCUGAAGAUGAAUUGCUGGGAAAUGGUAACUUCAAGCACACAAGCUCAGCGCGCCGUAUCAAGAAGGAGAUCCGUAACAAACGCACCAGCUUUCUAGGAAUCGAAGGUCAAGAUGACAGCUACCUGGAUGUAGACCUCACCUUGGCUCCAAGACCUGACAUCACUUCCUUCUUACAAGAAGAGACCAAAAUAGAGAAGUUGCUUUACAAGAAGACCCUGUCUCAUGAUAUGGAUGCUAAGCUGAGAGAGAGUCGAGAUUCGGGUGUGGAUGUCGACCGAGGACCAUCGGCGGAAGCUUGGUACAAGGGACAUUCUUCUCCGGAGACUUCUAGUCCUCAUAGCAGACAGAAUAGUGAGCCCUACACCCACGUGACAGUGACGUCAGAUGAAGAGGAAUCUACAAAGAAACAACAAGAGACCUUCAGCUCAAACCUGAACUCUAAGCUGAGUGAGCUGACGGAACCAUCAGACAAGAUUGACAACCUCGACAAAACAAUACAACAACAACAGGAGGUCCUUCGCUUCGAAAGAGAACUGCUGCAGCUCGAACAAGAAGAACUGCGCCGUCAAAGAGAGAACUUACUUCGAGAUCAGACCAGAAUCAUCCAGAAAUCAGUCCAAGAUAUAUCUUCAAUCCCCACCUCCCCUGAGAAACCCCCUCUUAAUAGGACACCAGCGAACCCCCACUACCGUCAUUCCAUGCCAAAUCUUCUCCUAAAUGAGAACAUUCCAUCAAUUCCACCUGCAGUACCAGAAAGGCAGAUGGAUGAAAGAAUGGUGGAUGAGAAACGUAAGCCAUUCGUGUCAGAGGAACAUAUGCAAAGGCAUUUUGGUGUUGAGGAGAGUCGGAGAGUCCUAUAUGAGAGAAAAGAGGUCAGAGGACAGCCUAUGAGAGUGCCACAGCCUGUGUUACCUCCCAAACCGAAGAGUCGGGAAUCCAUUGAGAGGGAGAUUACUAUGAGAAGCAGUCGCGUGCCCUCAGCAGUAGAGUACGCCAACGUACAGCUGCGACAGAAGCCUGUGCCCAACGGCAAUGCUGCCAACUACCAUCCCAUGACCAGGCAUACGUUACAGGCUCUGAGUGCGGCGCCAACACCAAAGCUGAUCUCCAACACAGACUGGAUGCAGGCACGGAAUAGAAAGCCGGCCAACUACAACUACAACCAGCACUGGCUCAUACAGGUACUGAUAUUGAUGAACCAGCCUGGUUACACCUUCAGACGAGGUUGCGGGGCAAGCGCCGUAAGGUACCGUGACCUCGGCCUGCAGCAGGAGGCAGAACAGCGCCGCCUAGACGAGCAGCGCAGCAAGGCGCGUGCGCAGCGCCACUCGUACCACCACGAGGCGCCCCCCACCGUACUGGCCGCCCCCCCUCCCGUGGUGCCCCCUACCAUGCCCCCCACUGCCGCUGCACCUGCGCCUGCGCCACUAUAUGCCAUGCAUGCGCUUAGUACCAGCCAGCAGCAGUUGUCGGAUGCAAAGCGGCCGGUACGGACGGAGCCGCGGGACGACAAACUGCUCAGCGUUAGUGGGCGGCGCAAGUGUUCGCACUGCGGAGAAGAACUCGGUCGUGGCGCGGCGAUGAUAAUAGAGUCCCUGUCGCUGUGCUACCACGUGUGGUGCUUCACGUGCGCGGUGUGCGGGGCGCGGCUGGGGGACGGCCGCGCCGGCGCCGACGUGCGCGUGCGCAGUCGCAGGCUGCACUGCCAGCACUGCUACUCCUCCGACGACGGACGCAAGUACUCCGCCGUCUAGACAACUACCACCAAGCAAUAAACACUAGCCAAAUGCAGCGUACCGUAAUGUAAAACGGAGUGAAUAGAUACACAAAAGUGGUCGGGGUGAAACGUGUAGCAGAGCCAAGCUUCGGCGCGAUAGAUCGCCCCGACCGGAGUGAUAUCACAGCCUCACAGAAAACCAACUUAAAGCAACCACAGCGUUGACUUUCACCGUGUGAGUGAGGUUACCGGAGGCCCAAUCCAAUACCUAUCCGAAACCUUUAUCCCUAAAAGACCGGCAAUGCACUCGCAAGAUGCGAUCGCAUCUCCUUUGGUGUUGAUUGUUUACCAUCAGGUCUACUCAAUUGCCGAAAUAUUGGUGAAUUUCUCAUCUCCCGCGUCUAUUUACCCUUCGAAUUCUAUUCACCCCGUUUCACCGUACUCUGUGGUAUUGACAUUGACUUACGUCAAUUUUGAGAUAUGUUAAUGUCAAUAGUAUACGUUUAUGUUUGGCUAUAGAGUGUGCGUUUGGGUACUUGGAACUGUUCUACAAUAAAAUCUCUAAAUGUGUGAUGGACUUGAAUCUAUAGAUUUUAUUACGUAUUCGGUUUUAUAAUGAUCAAAAGUACAUAACUCGGGCUGGUCCAAAGACUAUAAGUGAAGUUAAAUCACCUAGUUAUACUAAAUGUUUGUUGAAAACCCUGAACUUAUUUUUUAUACUGUUAUUCACUAUUUGUUUCAUUAAAUAAUCAUGUACACAUUUGUAGAGCCUUCGUUUUAAUAAUGUCGUGUUUAAUGGUUCAUUUUCAUAGAAAGUAAUUUGAUAUUAAAUUAGUUUUGAAUGUGCCUGAAUUACUAAUGUUACAUAAGAAAUGGCCAAAUAACUCUAUGUUAGAACGGGAGACUACUAGACAGUCUUUCUAUGCUUAGAGGUAAAAAUGUAAAUACCAACAAGUGCGAAGCCUUAUUGACAUAGCGCGAUAGUCUCCUACCACGCUGUCUGUCAGUAUGUGUAUGCGCCAUCUCCAAAACGUCUAAGCGACUCAGCUAAGUUCUGAGUCGGCUACUGCACGCUUUUGAUAUACUCUCGACACUACAGUAAUCAUGAUUUGUCGCAUUAUUUCGGACUAUUUUGUGCCAUGUCAUAUUUGUCUUGUAUUCACAACAAGUACAUAACGGAAACAAUAUAUUUAAGUAUACCAUUGAAUUUAAUAUUUUUUUUACUAAUAAAAGAUUAAUGUUUUUUUUUGUGUAAUGAAUGAAAAUAAACAACAUUUGUAAUAUUUUGUAAAUAGUUUUUAAUUUAUAUCUUUGUAUGUUUUAAAGGUUAGCUUUAAUAGUUAUUAUUUUAGUUUAAAAAUUAAAACAUAAUCCAUCCAAAAAUGUGUAUGUUUAUUAAAAUAUAUUAUCGUUGUGGUUGAAUGCAAAAUGGCUUAAAUACUGAAACAACUUACUAACACAGAUCUCAUUUGAUUCUCAUACUAUCUCCAUUAAAAAUUAUUCUUUAAAUCUUCGUUAUUUUCUAUUUUCUUUAAGAGAAUUUAAGCUAUUUUGUGAUCCCUAUGUUAUAAAAGUGUUUGCAUCACUUAAUCUGUCUUCAAGUAAAUCUGUAGCGGUUCAUUAACACGGUUGCACCUACUUGUAAUUAUAUUAACUAUAAUAUUGAUACAUAUGUACAUUCUCUAUGUGUAAGCUGCAAAUUGUAUAACAUUAAAUAUUUGAA